CGCGCGCGCGCUCCCCUGCGCGCGCGCGUGCUACCGGAGGUCUGCGCUCGCCAGUCCGGCGGCCCGCAGUGAGAGAGAGAGCAGCUCCUCCGCGAAGCGCUCCGCUCCCGGGUCCGAGUGCGGUGUAUGAGGAAGAGGAGGAGGAGGAGGAGGAGGAGGACUUAGCGGCGGACAGGCGGUUGCGGAUCAGGCUCGAACCAUGCCCAGGUCCUUCCUGGUGAAGAAGGUGAAGCUCGAUGAUUUCUCCUCUACCGACCUGGAGAGCUCGUACGGCAGGUCCAGGAGCGACCUGAGCCUCCGACUCCAGCAGAAAGGCUACAUUAGUGACUACAUCAGGCCGUCUGUGUACGAUGGCGACAGUGACAGCGCCAUCAAAGUGCCCUCCCCCGAGCCCAUCUACGUGGGCAUGCACGGAGACUACGGGGCGCCGGACUCGGACCAGCCUGACAGCCCCCAGUCGGAGAUCGCCUCGGGCUACAUCAACGGGGACAACGCGGUGAGCGAGGGCUAUGCGGUGGACGCCUUCUUCAUCACGGACGGCCGCUCGCGGAGGAGGGCCGUGUCCAGCCCGCGGGCCACGCAGCGCCACACCUGCAGCGAGUGCGGCAAGACGUACGCCACUUCGUCCAACCUGAGCCGGCACAAGCAGACGCACCGCAGCCUGGACAGCAAGCUGGCCAAGAAGUGCCCCACCUGCGGGAAAGUGUACGUCUCCAUGCCGGCGAUGGCCAUGCACCUGCUGACCCACGACCUCAAGCACAAGUGCGACGUGUGCGGCAAGGCCUUCAGCAGGCCCUGGCUGCUGCAGGGACACAUGCGCUCGCACACGGGCGAGAAGCCCUUCGGAUGCGCGCACUGCGGGAAGGCGUUCGCCGACCGCUCCAACCUGCGUGCGCACAUGCAGACGCACUCGGCGUUCAAGCACUUCAAGUGCAAACGGUGCAACAAGACGUUUGCGCUCAAGUCCUACUUGAACAAGCACUACGAGUCGGCCUGCUUUAAGGGCUCUCUCUCGCCUUUGGGCCCUCUUGAGGCUUGACUUCCGCCUCCGAAAUCCUACAAACACCUUAAUCCUCAUCUAAUACUUUCUUUUUUUCCUGUGAAACCUGAUGAUAGCACAAUUUCUUCAACAAUGAACCUUGAACUGAAGAAACAUUUUGCAUGUGACGACAGGAAUCUUCUCUUUUCUCCAGUGGGUCUCUACUAUACAAUCUUUAGAACCUAAAUAACAUGAGUUUUGCUGGAAGACCGAAAAUGUCUGCUUCUCACAAAGGUCAAAACUUUUUUCUUUGUUGGAUAAUGUUGUACUGCUGCAAGU